AUGGGGCUCUUCAAAAAGUCCAGCGAAGACGGCGAAGACUCCGGCCGCCGCGCUUUAUUCGGUUCUCGAUCCAAGAACAAGAGCCCUGCACAACCGGCCAAUCCGUAUGCUCAGCCAGCGCACAUCGAUCCCUAUACCAAGGCGAAAAUCCAAGCCGGUGUUGCAUCCCCGCCGGCCGGUUAUCAGAGCGGAGGCCAAUCCCCCGCCCCCGCGCAAGGCCCCCACGAUAUUCCCUCCGACAACAAAUACUCGGCGAACGCGUACGGGAAUCAAGGCGGCUACGGUAGCGACCGCUUCGGUAAUGGUAACAACAAUGGCGCUGGCGCUUCUCGUUACGGAUCGGGUGGUUAUGGAGGACUAGGCAGCACCGAUCCCAACGAUCCUGGAACGACGGAUGCUGCACGGAAUGAACUCUUUGGCGGGGCCAGGGAUCGUACAAAAUCAACUCAGAACGGAGCUCCGCCUCCAUAUUCGCCCAACCAGACCGGUGAACAGGGCGGCAACUACGGUGGCGGCAGCAAUGAAUAUAGCAUGGCCACUUAUCAGGAUCGACAAUUGACGGCCGAAGAGGAGGAGGAAGAGCAGAUCCAAGCCACCAAGCAGGAGAUGAAAUUCGUGAAACAGGGAGAUGUGGCAUCGACUCGGAACGCCCUCCGGGCCGCCGCAAUGGCAGAGGAGACGGGACGGUCGACACUGGCCCGGCUUGGCGCUCAGGGUGAGAUGAUUCACGGAGCGGAGAAGAAUCUCGACAUGGCCGCGAUCGAGGGACGUCUCGCCCAGGAGAAGGCGCGCGAGUUGAAGACCCUCAACAAGAGCAUGUUCGCGGUGCACGUGUCCAACCCGUUCACCAGUGCUUCGCGCAGACGAGAGCGGGACGAACGUGUCCUCAACACCCAUCGCGAAGAGCGCGACCUCCGCGAUGGAACUCGUUCAGAAGCGUACCAGACCAACGCACGCAUGGACAAGGUCUUCCGGGACAUUGACCGAGAGGCCAACAAGCAAGGCAAGGGCAAAAAGGCGAGCGUGACGGAACGUGCCAAGUAUCAGUUCGAGGCGGACAGCGAGGAUGAAGCCAUGGAGGACGAGAUUGAGCAAAAUCUGGAUCUUCUCAGCGGUGCUGCCAGCCGACUGAACGGUCUGGCCAAGGCCACCGGUCAUGAAUUGGACGAGCAGAACAGACAUCUGGAGCGUAUCACAGGCAAGAGCGACUAUGUCGACGAUCAGAUCGCCAUGAAUCGGGCAAAGCUCGAUCGAAUCCGCUAA